AUGGCGUCCCGCAGCGCUAGCAAUCAUGACUACGCUUCGGCCUUCGCCAACGAGCCGACAGGCUCAGCAAGCUCACACAGCAGCUCAAGUCUCCACGACCGCAGGGUCCUCCAGCCAGACGACUUCAAAAGGAGCAAGAACCAACUCAGCUCGCGAUCAAGACCUGCUUCGCGCAUCGACUACAUCGCCAACUCCGGAUUGUCAAGUCCCGCUGCAUUGAUCUCACACAUCCCCAGCUGCUCUCAAGGCGCUUCGCCUCUGCCACCCAACUUUGACCUCGUGUUCCACAGCCGUCCCAAAGUCCUCGUCGACCGAGAAGGGGGCAAUCGUGAAACAUUCGGACCGUGGAAUGAAGAUGCGGAAGGAUCCGAAGACCAGUCUCACGGUGUCGUUCUGACCGAUCCCAAGGAAGAACUGGUCACUGUCGCAGGUGAAGCUUUGGACGACGAGUCGAUCCCCGUCCAACCACAGCCCGAGCUCGCUCCGGCCUCGUCCUCAUCACCCCCAGGUGAUGCCCAUCUCACCCAGCUCAAGCAGGAGGCCGACGAAGUUUGGAACAGCUAUCGUCCAGGCAUGACUCCACAGCAAUCUACUGUCGCGCUGGAAAGCGAGCCGGACUCGAGAUCCAAUGCCUCCGAUCAGCCUGCCAACAUCCCACAGCGCGUCACGUCGUUGCGUCGCAACUCGGCCAUCGUUCUCACCUCAUUGCUAAAGCAUGACUCUCACCACCAGAGAGACUCUGUCACGAUCGUCAGUAGUCAGUAUCACGCAUCUUCCAGCCAGGUCCACGACAGGGCCGUGCCUUCCGCACGAAGUGCAAGGUCAGAGUUCGAGACGUUCCCACGUAUCACCACCUCAAUCUCUUCGGGUGCAUCGUUCAGAGGACCAUCUUCCUCCGAUGUGCAUUUCCAGCGUCCCUACACCGCCUCCAUCCUGUCAUUCACAUCCGAAGGAAGCUUCCUCAGCUACCAGAACAGCUUCGAGAGUGGCAUCAGUCCGCUCUUGUUGAACCGCACUCCCACAUCGACCCGCAUGUCAGGCCGCAUACAGCGACCCGCGACUUCCGGAAGCAUUCCUUACUCCGCCUCCGCCGAGUUGAACUUUUCCCGUCCUCUGCCAUCUCCCGGCAUGCCCAAUCGUCCAGAGACGAGCAAUCAGCUCACCGCGGAAGAGAGACGUCAGCAGGUGCGUCGCACUAAGAAGCUCACGCAGAUGCUCGGCGAAGAGAUGCUCUUGGCUCCCAACACGUCCCGAUCCUUGGGCCCGAGCGUUGACAGUAGUCGCAACAAAAAGUGCCGACCUCAGAGCAUGCCUUUCAACAACGACCUCGUUGGUAUGCCCUCUUCAGCGCCACCUUUUGGAUCGAUGACUGGUAGCAAGACUCGCGCUCUGUCUCGAAAGCUACUCACAAGCCGAAGCCAACCAGGCAAGAGUUGGGGUCAUGCUUUCGCAGGUCUCGACUCAGCCCCAGUGCAGGGCCUGAACCGUAAGGCGGCCGCCAUCCUCGGCCUGCCCCAUCCUUACUCGUCCAACGCCUUGAACAAGACUACCGGCGUCGAAUUCCUUGAGAGCGAAGACGUGCUAGAGGGGCGGGAAGAAAUCAACCCUACCGCACGUCCUUUCAUCCCAACGGGUAUGGAAGGGUUCAACGAGCCCACGCCCAAGGUGGCUCAGCUCGUCGCCUUUUCGGCUGCAGCUCUUGACGAAGGUGCCCCGCCUACUCUUCCACAGGACGGUGUUUUCCGACCUUUCGACAGCACACACCUCGAUCAAGCUCUCGCCAUGUCAGAGAGCCGCAAGCUUGCCGCUGCUCGUGACGCGCGCCGCCGCCGUGUUGCCAAGAUGUCGCGCUGGCUUGGCGAAGCGGUGCCGGCCGAGCUCAUUCACUCGGGCACCCGUCAGAGUCUGAACAGUGUCACUAUUCGCAGCACUGGCGCUCCGGUUUCUUCGGAUCCAUCGUUGAUGAGCCACGACUCGGAUUACACUGUCAGCAACAGGAGCUGCGCUCGCCUCACCCAGUCUUCGUCUCCUUGCAACUCUUCCUCUCUCGCUCACAGGUCUCUGUCGCACGAGUCCUCGGUCGCUUCAGGCUUGCAGUCUUUCAUGUCGAUUGACAGCUCGGAUGAUGAAGAUGAUAGUGUGGCUGUUUCUGCGCCCCGCGUUCCCUUGGCCGAGCGUCGUUCGGCGGGACCUUCGCCACUGAGCAACACCGCAGCCUUGCCAGUGACAUCGGACAGCAUCUACUCCUACCGCAACUCGAUUGAGAGCUACGAACAUCUUCUCAAGUACGAUCACGAGCGACUCAGUGAGCUCGCUUCCAUCUUCCACGACACCCGCAUCCCCAUCGCUGUUGCCAACAACACAACUACCGUCGACACUGUCGUUUCUCGCUUCACUCGACCACCUCGCUCUGCCGCUCGUUCUCAAACCUCCGGCUCGACCGUGACAACCCAACCUGGUCCCGUCUUCAGCAGGCCCUCCCAAACCUACAGCAGCGCGGGCCACAGUCCAGCAACAAGACCCAUCACCUUCUCCGCCAGCGUCGGUGACAUGCCCCGUCGAUCCGCCGCCUUCCUUGAACUCUCUGACUCCGAAAGCGACAGCAGCGAAGCAGAAGAACUCUACUCCCACGAGUUCGAUUUCUCUCCCUCAACCAUCCAUCAGAGGAGAAUGGACUCGCACGAUCGUUCCAUCUCCAAGCUUUCCAAUUUCUUUGGCUCGACUCCGUCGCAAAUUGUCAGGUCGCAGAGCGUUAUCCGUGCUGCCACUUCCAGCGCCGACUCUAUCUCCACCGUUGAGAUCCCAAUUUCUGCUACGGCCGGGAAGAUGGGCUGGGGGAGGGGAAGGGCACCUUCGCAACCGGAUGCAUUGAAGACAAUCCUAAGGUCACUGGGGGAAGAGGCUAUGGAUGAUUCCAAAUUGACUUCGUUCCAAAAAUCGGAGAUCUCGAGGAAGGUGCAUUUGUUGAGGAAGAGGACUACUGAGAUGUUUGCUUGA